AUGAAAAUUCCUUCAGGAAUAAUUCUCCUCCUUCUACUCGGUUUUGCAGCAGCAUGGUUGUUAGCAGAACAUAAAGUAGAGUGCACUAUCGAUCACAAAAUAGUGGCAGGUGGUCUAGUCGAUCCAAUCACUGGUAUCGAUGCAUCUGGUUUCAAAUUCAAAAAUCCUGCUUCUGCAUGUGUAAAUCCUAAAACUGGUGAUGUAUUCUUGACUGAUGCUGAUACCAUCAACAAACCAAGUUUAGGUUUUAAUAGAAUAUUCAGGGUAAAUAGACAAACUAACAUCAUUACUACCUAUGCUGGUAAUGGUUACUCUUCUGUAACAAGUGGAGAUGGUGAAUUAGCAAUUGAUGCUGGCAUGACUCCAUCAGUUUGCACUGUGGACAUGGCUGGUGAUUUGUAUUUUUAUGAUAUAUCCAGUUCUGCCAUUAGGGUUGUCAAUGGAACAACUGGAAAGAUUUCCACCUUUGCAUCCGUUUCUAAACCAUUUUCUCUUGCAAGUGAUGAUAAUUUCAUUUACUACUCUGCAACUUUUUCUGUUGGUAAAUUCAAUAAGGUUACUAAGGUUAAGACUGUUUAUGAUAGCAGUGUUGGUACAUCAUAUGUUGUGUUGGGUCUGGAUGGAUCAUUAUAUUACAGUGCAACCAGUGAGAAGACCAUUAAGAAGGUUGACAAACAAGGUGCAAUUUCGAUCAUUGCUGGUCAAACCAGUGUUGGUUGUGGAAACGGCAAUAAGGAUGUGUGCGGUGAUGGUGGAUUGGCUUCCAGUGCUCUAUUUUAUCAACCAAGUAGUCUUCAUGUACAAGAAAAUGGAAACCUCGUCAUUGCAGACCAAUACAGAGUAAGAAUGAUUUCUCCAAAUGGAACCGUGUCAACUCUUGCUGGUACUGGCACUUUCAAUUCUUACUUUGGUGGUGCAAACGGUGAUGGCAGCUCGGCAAUCACUGCUGUUCUUAAAGAUGUUGGUGUUAUAUUUGGAUACAACAAUACUGUUUAUAUUCAAGACGCAAGAAAUCUUAGAUACAGAAAGGUUGAGAAUAGCAUUAUCAAUCAUGCAUUUGGAACUUGUGACAAGGGAGUUGCUUUUGGAGAAGGUAACAGAUUGAUUAAUACCAAUUUGAAUAGUGGUUUAGCUUCUCUUGCAUUCGACUCUCAAGAUAACAUGUAUUUGGCUUGGCAAAAUAUUGUUUACAAGGUCUACAAUGGAAUUGUUAAAAGAAUUGCUGGAACUGAAAUUGGUGAUUAUGGUACUAAUGGUAAUGCAUUGAAUGCAUUACUUUCUGUUGGAAAGAUUAUUGUGAAUUCCAACAAUGAUGUUAUUUUCCCAGCAGUCAACAAAGUUAAAAAGAUUGAAACCUCAACUGGUUUAGUCAGAGAAUUCAAUAUUACUGGUCUCAAUAGUCCUAAAGCAAUUUGCUUGGAUGCAAAUGACAAUUUGAUCAUUAUGGACACCAGUAACUGUGUCAUCAAAUAUUUCGAUGUAACAACUCAACAAGUUUCGCAACUUUCCAAGACAAAUGCUGGAUGCGAUCCUGGAGCAAGUGGUUUUUUUGUCAAUUCAACAUUAUUUAGCUCACCUUCUGAUUGUGCCGUUGAUAAGAAGAAUGGGGAUAUUUACAUUUCUGAGAAUAACAAGAUUAGAGUUAUUAGAAAAUCAGAUAGUAAGGUGUAUACCAUUGCAGGUAAUGGAAACUAUUGUUUGAAAACAACUUACAAUACGAACAAAUGUGGAGAUGGAGGCUUGGCAACAAGUGCUGCUAUUUCAAGUAAUGGUUUGGCCCUCAAUUCUGCAACUUCUGAAUUGUUCUUUUCUGAUCUUGCUUGGGAUGGUGCUAAUAAUAAUUAUUAUUCAACUAUUAGAAAGGUAAAUUUAACAUCUGGUGUCAUUUCAACUGUGGCAGGAACAGGUUCUUCACCACCAAAAACUGGUACUUACAUUUAUGGAGAAUGGUCAGAUCCAUUGGCUACUCCAAUUUUAGUUUCCACAGUUUCUGUUUCAAAUGGUGGAAAACUCUAUUUCCCAGACGGUUCCGAUCAAGGGUAUAUCAGAACUAUUAACUCCAAUAAUAGAAUAGUUUCAAUUACAGGUCACUAUUAUUCGGAUUCCAUUUAUUACAAUGGUGAAAACUUGACAGCUACCGAAAGUUAUCUAUGUAACCCAACAAGUAUUGCCAAACAUAAGAAUGGCGACUUGUUCUUUGGUUUGACAUGUAAAACAAUUGUUCAGCAAGGUGCAGUUUGGACAACUUUUUCCAGAAUUGUAAAGUUGGAUUCGAAUACUGGAAGAAUUAAUACUAUAAUUGGUAAUUUUAAGGAAACAACUUCUCCAGAUGGAUUGAGUGGAUUACAAACAAGUAUUAGUCCAUAUAGAGAUGCUUCUAGCUAUUUCCCAUUGGGAGUUGUUGUUACUGAUGCAGGUGAAGUAAUUUACUCAGAUUCUCAAUCAAAUAUUAUUAGAAAAUUGAAUUUAAAUGGAGUGAUUGAAACUAUUGUUGGAACCAAUACCAGUUGUCCAAAUUCCACAUACACUUGUGGAGACAAUGGUGAUGCCAAAUUAGCAAAUUUGAAACAACCAACUGGUCUCUUCUUGACAGAAAGUGGUGUUUUAUAUAUUGCUGACUCUGGUAAUCAUAGAAUUAGAAAAGUUGAAAAUGGAACAAUCUCAACAGUGAUUGGUUCUGGAUAUUCUUGUUCAUCUGCUGGAGCUGCUUCUUGUGAUAGCACUGAUCCUCUUUUGGUCAAGUUGUUGACUCCUGCUGCUGUUUAUAUCACUAAAUCAGGAGAUGUCUAUGUUGCUGAUACAGGAAAUAACAAAGUAAGAAAGUUGAGUAAUGGAAUUUUGAGCACUGUUGUUGGCACCUCGUUGGAUCUUCCAACUGGUUUAUUCGUCGAUGAGAGCAACAAUGAUGUUUACAUUUCUGAUCGUACUCGUACUGUUAGAAAAGUUUCUAAAGGAUUUUUAUCAAUCUAUGCUGGUACGCUUAACAAUGCAGUAUAUUCAAUCUCUGGAAAUGUUUCUUUCUGCUAUCCAACUUCAAUUCUUCAAACUAAUGAUGGAAUUCUUGUUGCUGACACUGAAAGUGGCUUGAUCAGAUCUGUCAAACUUUCCUGUCCAACUGGAUACUAUGGAUUGAACUGUGAAUAUUACAACUGUUUUGGAAUUAGCAGCUUAAACUCAAAUACCUGCAAUGGAUUUGGUAAUUGUUCAGCACCUGACGUUUGUAGUUGUGACAGCAGUCAUGAAGGAAGUCAAUGUGAAAUUGGAAAGUGUUUUGGAAUUUCAAAAAAUAACUCAAUGGUUUGCACUGGACAUGGGUUAUGUCUUUCACUUGAUACUUGUUCGUGUAAUGGUGAUUAUUACGGUGAAAAAUGUAAUUUACCUUAUUGUUUCUCAAUCAGAUCAAACGAAACUUCUGUUUGUUCUGGACAAGGCAACUGUGUUGAAAAGGAUCAAUGCUCAUGUAGAAAUAAUUAUUUGGGAGCAAUGUGUGAAAAUGCACCAUGUUUUGGAGUUUCUUACAACGCAUCUAAUGUUUGUUCUGGAAAUGGAGAAUGUGUUUCUCUCAAUAACUGUACUUGCGAUGAAGGUUAUUAUGGAGAUUUAUGUAAUUUACCAAUUUGUUUCUCUAUCAAAUCCAAUGACUCAUCAGUUUGUUCUGGACAAGGUGAUUGUAUUGGAAAGGAUCAAUGCUCAUGUAGAAAUAACUAUUUAGGAGCAAUGUGUGAAAAUGCACCAUGUUUUGGAAUUGUUUACAAUGCAACAAAUGUUUGCAGUGGACAUGGAUUGUGUGUUUCAGGAAGUUGUCAAUGUUCAGAUAAUUAUUUUGGAUCUAACUGUAGUGUCACCACUUGUUUUGGAACGGCCAGUAAUGACAGCUCAGUAUGUAGUGGUAAUGGUAUUUGUUCUUCUUUUGAUGAAUGCAAAUGCUCAACUGGAUACACUGGAGUUAAUUGCAAUGUUUCAACUUGUUAUGGAUUACCUGCCACUAAUGCAAGUGUAUGUAGCGGACAUGGAUUGUGUACUUCUCCGAACCAAUGUUCUUGUAAUCAAGGUUGGAAUGGAACUUAUUGUAAUGUUACUUCCUGUUUUGGUAUUGUUUCUACAAGUGUUUCCAAUGUUUGUAAUGGACAUGGUUCAUGUAUAGCUCCAAAUGAAUGUUCAUGCAAACAAGGAUAUCUUGGUUCUUCAUGUAAUGUUACUUUCUGUUAUGGAGUUUCUUCCAAUGAGUCCAAUGUUUGUUCUGGUCACGGAACUUGUGGAGAUUUAAAUUCUUGUUCCUGCUCUUCCGAUUGGUACGGAUCCAAGUGUAACAUUACCACUUGUUUCGGUAUUAAGGGAGACCAAAAUACUGUCUGCAGUGGCCAUGGCUCAUGUCCAUCAACCAAUCAAUGUAACUGUCAAGAGAAUUAUUAUGGCACAUCAUGUUCUGUUCGUUGUGACUCUAAUACCUGCAAUGGACAUGGUAACUGCUCAUCAACAGGUCAGUGUCAAUGUUUCUCAGAUGUAGAACAUGGUUUCUGGACCUCUUCUAAUUGUUCGAAAUGUGAUUCGAAUAGGUAUGGUGAAAAUUGUUGGGUCACUAUUGGAAAUAGUUCAAUGGUUACUCCAGAUGGAAUUGGUCUUUUAUUGCAACUUGUUAAUCCUAAUGCAAAUAUUAAGAAUUUGCAAGUCGAUUGUAAUAUUUUACUUUCUUCUGAGACUAUUAGAAAGUUGGAUUCACCAAUUUGUAGAUGGACUAAUUUAUCAACAAGUGAAUUGACCAUUCAAAUGGGUCUUGAAAAUAGUAUUCAAUUAGGAGAUUCUUUAUAUGUCAAUACUAAUUAUUUCAACACAGCCAACUUGAAACCUUCUUACAUUCCAAUAACUGUCAUGAAAAAUUCGAAUCCAACUGUUUUACCAGAAGCUGUCAUUUCCACAACUUCCAAAUCUUUCAGUAAUUGUGAUUCAAUUGUUAUUCAAGGAUCUGAAAGUAGAGACAAGAAUUAUAGAGAUUUGACUUUCGAAUGGCGUUUCGUCAACUCUCCUCUUUCUCCUUCUGCCUUAUCUCUCAUUACGCUAACCAAACCAACACUUAUUUUGGCAGAUAGUCAACCAUCUGGAAAUUAUAUUGUUGAACUCGUUGUCAUUUCCAAAUUUGGAGCAAGAAGUUUGCCAGUUUCUUAUUCAUUCAAGAAACUUUCUGCCAGUAUGCCACAAAUCAAUGCUGAAAGCAAUAGUAUGGAUGUAUUUGUCGAUAGACUUCCAAUAAUUGUCAAGAAAUAUGUUUCGUACAAGUCAUGCUUGGGAGAAAUUUUAAAGUCGAAUGAAUAUACAGUGAAUUGGACUCAAACCAGUGGACCAACCAAUGCCAAAUUCGAAACUUUACCUAACGGAGACUUGGCAAUUUAUUCAUUCCAAUCUCAAUUGUCCAAUACUUUCACAUUUGUUGCAACUUUGAAUUAUUCAAUGGAAAUUGCAAGCACAAAGGUAACAAUCAAUACUCAUGAACCUAAUUUUGCAGUUUUGGUUUAUCAAACUGAUUUGAAUUCAACUCAUGUGACUGUCAAUGUUGAAAGUGAUCCAGUUGAAAGUUUGGCUCAAUACAAGGAUAAUAUUCAGUUUACUUGGAAUUGUAAGAAUGUGGACGAAACUAAUUGUGAUUCUUCCAUUUUGAAUACUCUUGCUUAUCACGGCAAUGUUAAAUCGACCAAAUUCAUGUUGGCUCGUAAAUCUUCAUUGUCAAUUCGUCUCGGAUUGGAUGUUACCUUAUCAGGAAAUAAUCACAGCAAUGAAAUGGUUGUCACUUUCCCUAAGGACGAAACUGUUCCAGUUGUUGAAUUGGUUUCAGUUUCUCCAGCUGGUUCUCAACUCACCACUGAAGACAUUUUAACCAUUCAAUUAUUAGUUCGUGUCAGUGGUCAAAUUGAAAAUAUCGAUUCUUUAAUUACAAGAAAUUGGAAUCUCAAUGGUCAACCAAUUAGUAACGAUUUGGUUUUAUCCCCAUCUCCAUCUAAAUCCAAUUACAUUUCUCUAGAUUUAUCCAAACUCAGUGCUGGUUCAUCAAACACUUUGCUAUUCAACGUUUCAAGUGUUUCGUCUAAGUUAUUCUCAACAUUUACCUAUUCCUUCUCACUUGCUCCAAAUCCAUUGCCAUGUUCAUGUUCUGUUAGUCCAUCAACUGGUUUCGCUCUUGAAACUCUUUUCACAAUCAGUUGUCCUAAUUGUUUGACUUCCAACACUGCUCUUCAAGUUUUAUUCACAGAUGUCAAGACUGGAGUCAGAGUUCCACUCAUGGAUGCAACUGUGUCUGAGUUGACCACUCAAUUACCAUAUACAGGUGAUGAACAACUUCCAUUACAUUUUGUUGUUAGAAAUACCAAGACAGGAGCCAAGACUGAAACCUCAGUUUUACAAUCGGCUAAAGUUCCAUCCGCUAUCUCAUUGUCAGAAGUCAAGACAAAGAAGAUGGCUUGGAAUGCUUUUUAUAGAUCUCUCUAUGCUAAUGAUCCAAGAAAGGUUGUUUUCAAUUAUAUUUCAACUGUUGUCAAAGAAAUGACUAGAAGAAACUCUGUCACCAGAAGAAACUUGAAGGUAACAAACUGUUUAAAUGGUGGAGUGUAUAAUUCAUUCACCAAGAUGUGUGCUUGUAAGAGUGGAUUCAAGAAGAUUGACUGUAGCAUGACUCUUUCUGAUUGGAAUGCAAUUGUUUUGGAUAAUUACGAAACUGCCAAAUCAGUCAUUGAAGAAUUGAAUUCCAGAAAUAGUUUAGAAGCCCCACAAGAAUCCAAGAUUGCCAGCCAAAUUUCAUCUCUCUAUCACUUGCUGGAAACUGUCGACGAGAAUAGUCCAGAAUUGCUCGAUCAAGUUCUUUCCAUUUUCAACAAUACCAUUCAAGAUGCCACCAAAUUCUCUUACAUUACAAUUUCGAAUUCAUUGGCAAGUACAAUGUCUGAAAUUUUGGGAUUACUUUACAAGAGUCAACUCUAUAAUGCUGGUAAUAGAAUUGCUCAACUCGGUUGCAUCUAUCAAGUACAGAAAUCAAUUGAUUGGAAGUUCUAUUGA